GUAAAAAGCUAGAAGAAAAAAAUUCCAUAAAAAGUGGUGGAGAGCGAGGAGGCAUAAAAGGGCGUACAGGAGCGAGAAAGAGCUUCUCUAUUCUCAGCACCCAAUCGCAAAGGCGUCUCCUUUUUCCUCAUUUCUCUCUCCCUCUCUUUCCCAACCAGUUCUCUCCUCAGUUCUCCAUUGUGCUCGCUUGAUGUUUGCUGAAACUACACAAAGAUAUUGAUGUCGCCACCGCUUGAACUGGACUACAUAAGACUUGCAGAUGUCUCCUCCAGCAAUAAGCUCGCCGCUGUUGCACCAGAGAAUCUUCGUGAGACUGAGCUCCGGCUAGGUCUUCCUGGCUCCGAGUCGCCAGAUCGCAAGGGGAAGGUGGGGCUUGCACUCGGCCUGCAGCUGCCAAAGUGCUUUGCUUCCGGUGCUAAGAGAGGGUUUUCUGACUCUAUUGAUGGAAAUGGAAAGUGGGGUUUGUCUGGUAGCAGCGGAUCUGAGGUGGAAAUGGAGAAAGGUGGCAACUUGUUCUCGCCUAGAGCUGGAGGAGGAGUAGUAGGGCAGUUUGCCGGCGCCGGGAAGGCUGCGCCGGCGACGGAGAAGAAGACUCAGGGGCCGCCUGCUGCCAAGGAUGAUUAUGCUGACAGGGCUCAAGUUGUGGGAUGGCCACCAAUCCGAAGCUACCGCAAGAACACGAUGGCUACAAACCCAUCGAAGAACAAAGAAGAUGGUGAUGGGAAGCAAGGGCUUGGGUGCCUCUAUGUCAAGGUUAGCAUGGAUGGAGCCCCAUACUUGAGGAAGGUUGAUUUGAAGACUUACUACAGCUACAAGGAGCUCUCAUCAGCUUUGGAGAAGAUGUUUAGUGGAUUCACCAUGGGGCAGUGUGGUUCUCAUGGAAUUCCCGGUAGGGAUGGACUUAGCGAAAGCGGUCUGAUGGAUGUUCUUACUGAUUCUGAGUAUGUGCUCACCUAUGAAGACAAGGAUGGUGACUGGAUGCUUGUUGGUGAUGUUCCGUGGGAAAUGUUUAUUGACUCAUGCAAAAGGCUGCGGAUUAUGAAGGGCUCAGAUGCGAUUGGACUUGCUCCAAGAGUGAUGGAGAAGAACAAAAAUCGAAACUGAAAUCAUCAACUGCUGAGAUAAUAAUCCAAAGUGUUUAUAUGAAAUGUGUCUAAAUUCUGCACUGUUUUACAGACUAUAUGUUGUGGUUUUUUGCUAUUUUACAUUUUAACGCUGUCUGAAAGUAUUCUAUCAGAUCAGAAUUGUGUCCUUCAUUGUCUCUUUGUAUGCUUUACCAUUACUGUUCCUGUUUGUGUAAAUGAUUGUUGGUUUGCCUUAUUUCUUCUGUUUUCAUUUUCUACCCCCUUUUUUUACAUUUUACUUGUUAUAUGAAAGUUUUAUUCA